UCAGUGGAGCAGUACAUAAGAAGCGCAUGAGCCCUGGCGCAGCAAUGUGCGAGGUGCUCACACGCUGAGAGGGAGUGCCUGCCGGGCAGAACUUGACUUUUCUCAGGGAGAACCUGCAGCUGCUGAGGGCUGGCACUAAAGGGGAGAGGACAGCUGUAGCUCACCCUCGGUGCUUUCUUGCAAAGGAGCUUCAGAAUCUGGUGAUUUCAGAUCAAACGACAGAAUGAAACCCUUCUGGACUUGCCUUGUGAUCUCGCUGCUGGCGGACGAGGCACUCGCUGCUCGUGUGUCUCGAACACGGAGAGAGCUGGCCCCAGGGUUGCAUGAACGGGGGAUUCGAGACGCAGGGGGCUCUUACUGUGAACGCCAGGAUGCCUGCUGCCUUGGGAGGGACGACGCUUGCACAGUGCCUUACCUUGAUACCAUUUGCUAUUGUGACCUGUUCUGCAACCGCACCGUCUCGGACUGUUGUCCUGAUUUUUGGCAGUAUUGCUUGGGCAUUGACCCCCCAUUUGUCGUGCACAAGGGUUGUGUCCGCAACAGUCAGAGAUUCCCAACAGGUGCGACCUACAGAGAUAACUGCAACCUCUGUACUUGCAGUGGAAAUGGGCAGUGGGACUGCGAAAGCCACGCCUGCCUCCUCGAUGGAGAAUUGAUCGAUGCCGUCAACAGAGGGAAUUACGGCUGGAGAGCUUCCAACUACAGCCAGCUCUGGGGCAUGACUCUGGAAGAGGGGAUCCGGUACCGGCUAGGCACCACCAAGCCUCCCACGGCUGUCAUGAAUAUGAACGAGCUCCAUAUAAACAUGGAUGCUAAUGAGGUGCUUCCCCCCCAUUUCAACGCUGCUGAGAAAUGGUCUGGAAUGAUCCACGAGCCCCUCGAUCAGGGCAACUGUGCUGGCUCGUGGGCUUUUUCCACUGCAGCGGUGGCCUCGGAUCGGAUCUCCAUCCACUCCAUGGGGCACAUGACGCCCGCCUUAUCCCCCCAGAACCUGAUUUCCUGCAAUACUCGCCACCAGCAAGGUUGCAAUGGGGGCCGGAUUGAUGGGGCCUGGUGGUUCCUGCGCAGGAGAGGGGUGGUGACAGAUGACUGCUAUCCUUUCAACAACCAGGACAAAGACAGCUCUCCGGUACCUCCUCCUUGCAUGAUGCACAGCAGAUCCACAGGCCGAGGGAAGAGGCAAGCCACAGCGCGCUGCCCAAACCCGUGGGUGGACUCGAAUGACAUCUACCAGUCCACCCCUGCGUACCGACUUUCCUCGAAUGAGAAGGACAUCAUGAAAGAGUUAAUGGAAAAUGGACCCGUGCAAGCCAUCAUGGAGGUCCACGAAGACUUUUUCAUGUACAGGAGUGGCAUUUAUCAGCAUACACCUGUCGCAGCUGGAAAACCAGAGCAGUACCGACGGCAUGGCACCCAUUCCGUCAAAAUCACAGGGUGGGGAGAAGAGCAAACACCUUAUGGGCAAAACCGGAAGUACUGGAUUGCUGCCAAUUCCUGGGGCAAGCACUGGGGUGAACAUGGCUACUUCCGCAUUGCCCGUGGCACUAAUGAGUGUGAGAUAGAGGCUUUUGUGGUGGGCGUCUGGGGCCGUGUCGGAAUGGAGGACAUGCACCACAAAAAGUGAGGAGGAACCGCCUCAUGUUGGCUCCCCCAGCACAAACUUCUUUCCUUCUGUACCUCUGCCACCACCUUCUCAAAAGUCUGAGAUCUGCCACACAGCUGAUUCUCACCCUCACGUCUGUCUCCAAAGGAAACAGGCAC